AAGUGCCCCAAUAAGGAGAGGAGUCUUCUUCGUGGUCUCCGUAACAACCGCCGUCGAACAAAGCAGCGGAGGCUGUUAGCGAACGAACCGAGAGCGGGAGCGAGGGGGAGGGGGAGGAGUCGGGAGGAAGAUGACGGUGUUUCACUUCUUCAAUUGCGCCAUCCUCACGUUCGGUCCUCACGCCGUCUACUACUCCGCCACUCCUCUGUCAGAAUAUGAUACAAUUGGAACUUCUGUUAAAGCUGCUGUAGUUUAUUUGGGAACUACUUUAGUAAAGCUUAUUUGCCUGGCAACAUUUCUUAAAGUACCUGAGAAUGACAGCUUUGAUCCCUAUCAGGAAUUGCUCAAAGCUUUGAUUGGAUUCAUAGAUGUAGCUGGACUUUAUUUUGCAUUGACGCAGCUGAUGCACAGAAACAUUUCUCAGAAUCAUAAGUUCCAGGCUGUUGGUCUUGGUUGGGCUUUUGCAGAUUCUGUUCUGCACCGAUUGGCACCUCUUUGGGUGGGAGCUAGAGGAUUAGAAUUCACGUGGGAAUACAUUUUUCAAGGCAUCGAAGCAAAUGCGAAUCUGGUACUAAAUCUCUCCCUUGCUGCACUUGGGUCCUUGAUGUGGCUUAGGAAGAACAAACCCAGAACUCUGAUACCAAUAAUUUAUGCAUGUGCUGGUGUUCUUGCAACAAUGCCGUCUAUCACAAGCUACCUGAGAAGAGCUUUGGGGUGGCACCCUCCGAAGGUGGUAGCCUUUGAACUGGCUUCUUCACUGGUGAUGGCCUUUAUCAGCUGGCAACUUUUUUCUGCUUGUCAGAGACCAUCGGUAUAACAAGUGUCCGUGGUGGAAACCGACAUAUUUGGUGAAGGAGCUUUGACGUAUUUCAUUGCAUGUAUCGACUAUUUACCGGCUCGAUCUGGGUAACGCUCUGGACAAGCUCGCUUCCUGAUAUAAAUGGUGCAUCAAUUUGGUAGCAUUAAUGUUUUGCAGACACACAAGUUUUUGUAGUUUAGACAACUAUUUCAAGAUUACUUGGGAUUGUGAAUUUUAUUCUGUCACCAUGAACAAAUAAAUAUUAUGAGUCCAACCUUUUGCUUUUGAUGCA